UUUAUUAAAACAUAGUAAGUAGUAAAUAUAUUGUCGGUAAUUUAUCGAAAACCAUGCUGGCUAUAUUGUUGUUGUGUUGUGAUAAAAAUAUAUAUGACGUUAUAUUCCAUUUGAAAUUACGUCUUAAGUUAGUUAGGUUAGGUUUUAGGCUACUCUUUUAUACGGUCUAUGGUUGUACUUUAUAGAUCCCUGAAAGGAAAUCCUGUUGUCAUCACGACCAUACAAUUAUGAUGUGAAAUAAACAAUAUAACUUAAUAGUAACAAAUCUGUUAUUUCCAGUAAUUUUAAAUUGAAAUACGAUAUCAAAGUGACAUUAGAAGUAGAAGGGCGCAAGCGUGCUCCAGCUGAGCCGUGACGAUAUAAACGUGCGUCGUGAGCACAGUACCGGUAUGUGUAGUUCCUAAGCGUACUAAAUGUACACAACGUUGUACCUUGUAUUUGUACAAGCUCUUGUAAGUGAAAACGUCACCAAGCCACUCCCCUCGUUGUCCCGCAAAUUUGUCAAUGGGAAAAUGAAUGGGGAAAUUUUCAAUAAGCGAUAUUUUUAGUUAAAAGUCGGGAACCAGUUAGCUAUUGGUAUGUGGUACUCAUGACAUAUAUGACUCAUGAAAUAUAAUAUCAGCAGCACGAUUGACCCAUAAGAAGUACAAGGUACAACGUUGUGUACGUUUAGUACGCUAAGGAGCUACACAUACCACUGUGCUCCCGACGCACGCUUAUAUCAUCAUGACUCAGAUGUCCUUGCCCCCUUCUACUUCUAGUGUCAUUGAGUUUGAUAUUAGUCUCGCAUAACCAGAUCCAUCUACACACUUCCUUUUAGCGCCAUUUCAAUUGCAAUUUUUAGAUGUUUCCAAUUUUUAGAUUUUUCCAAUUUUAGACUUUUCCAACUUUUAGAUUUUUCCAAUUUUAUAUCUGUACAUAUUUGCAUUUUCUUGUUCUUUCAAUAGCUACUACUACUAGCUGACUAGGUUUUUUUUCUUGCUAACGUUAGCUAGUAACUUUUACUGUGUAUAAAUAUUUAGCUAGCUAGCUAUGUUAUAGAUUAUCGAUUUUAUAGCUAUAGUUAUUAUUAGGUAGUUAUUUUAUAUUUGUAAAACUUAGCUUAGGAUAUUACAAACGUUAGCUGGGUGUUCGCCAAGAUGGUGCGGUGCUUUGCCCCGGGCUGCAACCACGAGUCUGAUGUGGAUGCCUGUUCCUUCUUCCGAUUUCCAACGCACGAGGAGCAGAAGCAAAUUUGGACUAGACUUGUACGACGAGCUGACAGGAGGCCCAGUAGCAGCUCAAGGCUUUGUAGCUGUCACUUUCCAAAGGGCAAGGAGAAGGGACCUCUUUGGUUUCCUUGGCAUGGUACUCCAUCAAGUGAGGCUCGCGAAGUCGGCAGUGGUUCAAGUGAUGCUCCUGAAAAGGGCAGCGAUUUCACUGAGGCUCGCGAAGUCGGCAGUGGUUCAAGUGAUCCCCCUUCAAAGGUAUUUUCUCCUGAAGUUCAAGCCAUCAUUGAAGAGAGUGAGGUUACUGAUGCACAAGCCAAGCUCCAGUCUCUAGAUGAGAAGAUGCAGUACUGUAGGCAACGGUAUUCUGCUUUCCAGUUGUCCAAAACUGUUAUUAGAUUAGAGACAGGAUUGCCAGACAAAAGAGCCUUACAGGCUCUUGUGGGUUUUGUGGCGCGGUUUCAGGACACAAUAACUUACUACAGUGGGUGGAGGGUAGAAUGUCUGUCAUUAGAAGACCAGAUAUUCAUGACAUUAAUUAAGCUCAGACAGAACUACCUGUCUGUUCAUCUGGGGGAGUUAUUCCAGUGCAGCACAGCCACAGUGAGUAAUAUUGUGUCUACAUUCACUCAAACACUCCAUGAAUUGCUAUUUAAAGGGGUAAUUAAUGUGGUCCCAAGUCGGAAGAAAAAUCAGACCAGUAUGCCAGCUUCUUUCCACUCCUUCCAAAACUGCAGGAUGAUCAUUGAUUGUACUGACAUAAAGAUUAAGGCUUCAAGUCAGAUGGACAAGAACAGAGCAACGUAUUCAUCAUACAGGGGGAUGAACUCUUUUAAGCUAUUACGAGGAGUUGCACCCAAUGGUGUAAUUACAUACUGCAGUGAUCUGUACCCUGGGUCAACAUCAGACAAGGCCAUCGUCGAAAAAUCUGGUAUUCUAGAACACUUCCAGUUAGGUCACUUAAUCCUGGCUGAUAAAGGUUUUUUAAUCGGAUAUUUUGCCACAAGAAGUUAG